AUGGCAGCGGAGACCCUCAACUUUGGGCCUGAGUGGCUGAGGGCCCUUUCCAGUGGUGGCAGUGUGGCCUCCCCACCCCCGUCCCCCGCCAUGCCCAAGUAUAAGCUGGCUGAUUAUCGCUACGGGCGCGAGGAGAUGCUGGCCCUCUAUGUCAAGGAGAGCAAGGUCCCUGAUGAGCUGCAGGACAAGGAGUUUGCUGCCUUGCUGCAGGAGGAACCGCUGCAGCCCCUCGCGCUGGAGCCGCUGACUGAGGAGGAGCAGAGAAACUUCUCCCUGUCAGUGAACAGCGUGGCCGUGCUGAGGCUGAUGGGGAAAGGGGCUGGGCCCCCCCUAGGUGGCGCCUCCCGUGGCAGGGGCAGCACGCGGAGCCGAGGCCGCGGCCGCGGUGACAGUUGCUUUUACCAAAGAAGCAUUGAAGAAGGUGAAGGGGCCUUUGGCCGAAACCCCCGGGAGAUCCAGCGUAGCCAGAGUUGGGAUGACAGAGGCGAGAGGCGGUUUGAGAAGUCAGCCAGGAGGGAUGGAGCACGCUCCGGGUUCGAUGAGGGAGGGGCUGGCCCGAGGAAGGAGCACGCCCGCUCAGAUAGCGAAAACUGGCGUUCUCUCCGAGAGGAGCAAGAGGAAGAAGAAGAAGGCAGCUGGAGACUCGGGGCAGGACCCCGACGAGACGGUGACCGCUGGCGCUCCACCAGCCCUGAUGGCGGCCCCCGCUCUGCUGGCUGGCGGGAACAUGGGGACCGGCGUCGCAAGUUUGAAUUUGAUUUGCGAGGGGAUCGAGGCGGGUGUGGUGAAGAGGAGGGGCGGGGUGGGGGGGGCAGCUCUCACCUCCGGAGGUGCCGAGGGCCCGACGGCUUCGAUGACGACAAGGACGGGCUCCCGGAGUGGUGCCUGGACGAUGAGGACGAAGAAAUGGGCACCUUCGAUGCCUCCGGGGCCUUCUUGCCUCUCAAGAAGGGCCCCAAGGAGCCCAUUCCUGAGGAGCAGGAGCUCGACUUCCAGGGCCUGGAGGAAGAGGAGGAAGAACCUUCCGAAGGGCUGGACGAGGAGGGGCCCGAGGCGGGUGGGAAGGAACUGACCCCACUGCCUCCUCAGGAGGAGAAGUCCAGUUCCCCAUCCCCACUGCCCACCUUGGGCCCACUCUGGGGAGCUAAUGGGGAAGGCGAUGACCCAGUGGAGAAAGACCUGCCUGCAGCUGAAGGAGAUGACAUGAGGGGAAUGCAGCUGAGUCCUGGGGCGGGCUCACCCCCUGGCCCACCAGAUCUGGAAGAUGAUGAAGGCUUGAAGCACCUGCAGCAGGAGGCGGAGAAGCUCGUGGCCUCCCUGCAGGACAGCUCCCUGGAGGAGGAGCAGUUCACGGCCGCCAUCCAGGCCCAGGGCCUGCGCCACUCUGCAGCCGCCACUGCCCUCCCCCUCAGCCACGGUGCGGCCCGGAAGUGGUUCUACAAGGACCCGCAGGGCGAGAUCCAAGGCCCCUUCACGACCCAGGAGAUGGCAGAGUGGUUCCAAGCGGGCUAUUUCUCCAUGGCCCUGCUGGUGAAGCGGGGCUGUGAUGAGGGCUUCCAGCCACUGGGUGAGGUGAUCAAGAUGUGGGGUCGCGUACCCUUCGCCCCUGGUCCAUCACCUCCCCCACUGCUGGGGAACCUGGACCAGGAGCGGCUGAAGAAGCAGCAGGAGCUAGCGGCGGCCGCCUUGUACCAGCAGCUGCAGCACCAGCAGUUUCUCCAGCUGGUCGGCAGCCGCCAGCUUCCGCAGUGCGUGCUCCGGGAAAAGGCAGCUCUGGGAGACCUGCCGCCGCCACAACAGCAGCAGCUCACCGCGUUUCUGCAGCAGCUCCAAGCUCUCAAACCCCCCAGGGGUGGGGACCAGAACUUGCUCCCGACGAUGAACCGGUCCUUGUCGGUGCCAGACUCGGGUUCCCUCUGGGACAUACAUACCUCAGCCUCACCACAGUCAGGCGGUGAGGCCAGUCUUUGGGACAUACCAAUUAACUCUUCGACUCAGGGUCCAAUUCUAGAACAACUCCAGCUGCAACACAAAUUCCAGGAGCGCAGAGAAGUGGAGCUCAGGGCGAAGCGGGAGGAGGAGGAGCGAAAGCGCCGGGAGGAGAAGCGCCGCCAGCAGCAGCAGCAGGAGGAGCAGAAGCGGCGGCAGGAGGAAGAGGAGCUGUUCCGGCGCAAGCAGGUGCGGCAGCAGGAGCUGCUGCUGAAGCUGCUGCAGCAGCAGCAGCAGGUGGCGGCUGCCGUCCCCGUGCCUCCUGCACCCAGUUCCCCGCCCCCCCUGUGGGCCGGCCUGGCCAAGCAGGGCCUGUCCAUGAAGACACUGCUGGAGCUACAGCUGGAGGGCGAGCGGCACCUGCAUAAGCAGCCUCCGCCUCGGGAGCCAUCGCGGGCCCAGGCCCCCAACCACCGUGUGCAGCUCGGGGGCCUGGGCGCCGCCCCCCUGAACCAGUGGGUAUCUGAGGCCGGGCCACUGUGGGGCGGGCCCGACAAGAGUGGGGGCAGCAGUGGCCUGGGACUCUGGGAAGACACCCUCAAGAGCAGCGGGAGCCUGGCCCGGAGCCUGGGCCUGAAGAAUAGCCGCAGCAGCCCCUCUCUGAGUGACUCGUACAGCCACCUGUCUGGCCGGCCUGUGCGCAAGAAGACGGAGGAGGAGGAGAGGCUGCUGAAGCUGCUGCAGGGCAUCCCCCGGCCCCAGGACGGCUUCACCCAGUGGUGCGAGCAGAUGCUGCACACGCUGAGCACCACGGGCAGCCUGGAUGUGCCCAUGGCUGUAGCAAUCCUCAAGGAGGUGGAAUCCCCCUAUGACGUCCACGACUAUAUCCGUUCCUGCCUGGGGGACACGCUGGAAGCCAAAGAAUUUGCCAAACAAUUCCUGGAGCGGAGGGCCAAGCAGAAGGCCAGCCAGCAGCGGCAGCAGCAGGAGGCUUGGCUGAGCAGUGGCUCCCUGCAGACAGCCUUUCAGACCAACCACAGCACCAAGCUCGGCCCCGGGGAGGGCAGCAAGGCCAAGAGGCGGGCGCUGAUGCUGCACUCGGACCCCAGCAUCUUGGGGUACUCUCUGCACGGACCUUCUGGUGAGAUCGAGAGCGUGGAUGACUACUGA